AUGGGUAAGGCACUCAAAAGGAAUAAGCGAUGUAAAAGUGUCACAAACCAGUUUGUCAAACGUCUGUUUCCUUCUGCCUUGGAUGCAGACGAUAUUCAAACUGUGCACAAGAAUAACGUAUAUGGUGAUAAAGAUGCCGCUCCGACUUUAGUUAUGGCAGUAUCUGUUGAAAAGUCUCCAGCACAAUCUUUUCAACUGCAUGCUAUUCCAGCUGUGGUAAGAUUUAUUGGAUACCGGAAAAAGCGAAAUAAUGCUUAUGGAGACGAAGCCAUCUCUCCGACUACAGACUUGACGCUAUCUAAGCCAGCACCUGCGGAACAAGCUCCAACACAAGUUGGUCAAUCGUAUGCUGCUGUGAUUCCAGACUCAGUAGAAUCUAGUGGAUACCGGAAAAAGCGAAAUAAUGCUUAUGGAGACGAAGCCAUCUCUCCGACUACAGACUUGACGCUAUCUAAGCCAGCACCUGCGGAACAAGCUCCAACACAAACUCAGUAG